UCGCCUAUCCAAUAUUCAUUGAUCAAAUUUGUAUUUGCGUCUAACAUUUUGUGUGUGGGUAUUUACUCCAAUGAGCCCUCUUACUUCAAACGUCGACCUACAAAAUACACUAGAUUAUUUCAGCGCGUAAAAACUUAUUUAUUAAUGGCUUAUACAUAUACGCUGCAGCAAAUAUUGACACAGCUGCCCCGUGACGCGUGUCUUGAUUGGCAAAUAAACGUACGGCCUGUAUGAGUGCGCGCCGCGCGUACAUCACGUAUUAAUAAACGAAUAUUCGUGAAAUAUGAAGGUGUUUGCGAUCAUCUUAUCGGGAUUAGUGCUGCAGACAUCUGCGUCAUUCUUCGACGAACUGCGUAGCACGGUGUCCUCAGUGGAGAGUAGCUUCGGGAAACUUCUGAAUGACGUCAUAUACGACGUUAGGGAAACCAUCGACUGCACUCUCAUGGCAGUUGAGCAGGUGCUGGCUUCAGGCGUGUUUAGAGAUCCUUCAGAUUAUGAUACACGGUGCAAAGGUACUGAGGCGGUCGAGCAGCCACCGCCGCCACCACCACCACCAGUCGUGGUAGCCACCGACCCACCUCCACCGCCUGCCCCAGAAACACGACACAUCGAAAUCCCUCUUACGAAGAUGGAACAUAGACAAGUCGACUCCUCAAUAUUAAACGUAGACCAAGUUCUAUGCGAUGUCUUAAAAAAAGAUGACACUCACGCUCAACUAGAAACUAUUAAAUUGACUCUCAUAAACGAAACCGAACGAUUAACUGAAAUAAGUGAACUGCUAAAGAAACAACUUGAAGAACUCUCGGCUGAAGUGAAAGCAAAGUUUAAAGCGAUUGAACUGCAGACGUCAGAACCGUCUGUUGAGAGCAUUUGGAACGACAUUAAAUUGUUGCACGAAAUAGAACAUAAACAUAAGAAUACAGAAGAUGCUAAGAAAAUCAGCCGUGUUCUGGACCAAAUCUUAAGUAUUCUCGAUGCGAAUGAGGAAGAUCGCUCAGCCGCAAACGAUAACAAAAUACACGAAAUUAUGCGCAAACUUAGCAAGCAAACUAGAGGUGGGGACAGUGACAUAUGGACAGACCUUAAGAAUUAUCCUAAAGAUUUUCGCGAAUAUGCCAAAAGAGUAUUUGAUGAAAAUAGAUCGACUUUCCCACCUGAUGACACAACUAAGAAACCCGAAUCUGACAAAGUUACAGAGAGUGAUGCUGGAAAAAUAAACGAAAAGGAUGUCCAAACUAAAAAAACAGAUGAAACUGUCAAAAAGAAAGACCAAACUAAAAACACCGAUGAAACUGACAAAAAGGAUGACCACACUGGAAAACCAAAAGACGUUACCACAGUAAAACCUAAACGUAAAACACGUAAACCAAAAACUACGACAACUACUAUUGAUAGACCAUUAACCGUUGAAGAGUUAGCAGCACAGUACGGUUCACUAUUUGAUGUGAUGCCAGAUAUCGAUAGUAUAGAGAACAAGAAAGCGUUUGAAAGUGCGAAGAGUAUCAUACAAGAGGACGCUCUGAAUAAUGCAGUCAUGAACAGUUUAGCCAAAAUGGAGUCGAGCAAAGAUGCGCGUGAUCUUUUCGAUACCCUGACUUGAUAGAGGAUUUUAGGA